AUUAUCGUCGUCGUAUAGGGGACUCCUCUCCCAGCUCAAGCAUCCUGUCAAGCAUCGACACUCAAGUUCUGUGGGACUGCUAUCGUAAAUUUCUUGACGGAGGCUGGAUUAUGGCCAAAAGUAGGACCCGUUUAGCGAUCUACCGUUUGCGGGGAGUGUGAGGCGCUUGCAACCUGGCUUGCAACACCCGCAGCACGCCUCCUCGGCGGCCUUGAGGAGCAGCGCUAAGGCAUCAAAUGGCAGCCGAAACCACUGUUCUCACAAUGCACCAGCCCUGGGCCAGCCUCUUGGUCUAUGGGCUCAAGCGUAUUGAGGGUCGCACCUGGGAUUCGACGCACAGAGGUCGCCUGUGGAUUCACGCGGCCGCCAAGGAAAUGGAUCCGGCAGACUUGGAGGAGCUCAAAGCCUUCUACACGCAGGUUCACGCAUUGGAUGGCAACACACCGCAGUUUCCUCCCGCCUACCCCACCAGCGCGCUCCUAGGCUGCGUGGAUGUGGUGGAUGUGUUGCCUCAGGCGGCUGUGGAGCAGUGGCCGGGGCUGCCGGACUCGUGCCGCAUGGAGGCAGCCUCGCCGUUCUGCUUCCUGUGUGAGAACCCCAAGCGGCUGGUUGUGCCGCAGCCCCUGAAAGGGGAGCACAAGCUGUGGCAGCUGCCCAAGGCCGUCCUCAAGGUCGCGCAGCAGGGUCUGCGUGACCCCCCUGGCCUGCCGCCCUUCACAUGGCGGGCGUUCGGAGACCCACGAGCUAUGCUGUCGCCCGCGCCGAGCUCGCACUCCGCCGCGCCCGGCAAGGCCAAGGGAGGCGCCGCCAGGCACGGAAGUGCCGCUGCGCAAGCGGGCAGGGGCGGCGAAGAGCUGCCAGGUGGAAGUUGGCCACCGAAGGCGUCGGUCGCGGGAGCUUUGAGCACGGAAAUGGCGGCGGAGGCGCCGCAGACGGCGGAGGCGCUGGAGAAACGGAUACGGGCGGUGCGGAAGAAGUUACGCCAGGUGUCUGACCUGCAGGGUGCACAAGUGAGCCAGGCCGCGCUGACGGGGGAGCAGCGCGAGAAGCUGGCCAGGGUGGCAGAGUGGGAGGCGGAGCUAGGUGUGCUGGAGGAGCAUCUGGCGGCGGUGGCAGUGGCGGAGCGGUAGUGGCAGCAGCUGAGGGCGCGGAACGGCGGAAGGACGGAGAAAUGCAGGUUGAAGAAAAACUGAACUUGGCAAGACCUGACAAGACCUAGCAAGACUGACACGAGACUGGAUGGACGCGCUGAACAUGGCAAGGGACAGUGGCGGAUGCUGUCUGUGGCGAGUUUGUGGUGUGUCGAGAUCGUAUUGAGGAUGUGUCCGAGUAGCAUUUGGGCCGUGGAAGACUGUUUACAGUAAAGGUUUGGCAACCACAAGGGUGAAAGCGAGGGUCAGUGCUGGCGUGUGCUGGUCAGUGAGAUUGGAGCCCGCAUG